AUGACUGAAGCAGGGGACGUCGUCUCCUAUUGUGAGGUCAGGGAUAUCAAACGUGAUGCAAGUACCGGAAGGGUCCUUGUGCAGUUGGAGCAUUCCAUCGUGGAAACCGAUCUUGUCAUCGGAGCGGAUGGCAUACACAGUAUUGUGAGGAAGCACCUUCUCGGACCAGAUAAAUUCUCACUCAGACAUAGUGGUUAUGCAUGGGUCGGUGGCUGCACGGACAUAGGAGCGUACCCAGAAUUCCAGGAAAGGAAGGAUGCCUUGCACUUCGCGGUUGGAAAAGAUGGGAUCUUUUCCUAUUGUGCAGGUGGCCCACACUUGCUGACAUGGCUGUCCAUCUUUCCAAAGCGGGACCCCAGUUCUAGCAUUUCUAAGAACUUACUUGAUCACCACGAGCACUGGAAGGAUCCUGUUAUUCAGAACAUUAUUUCUAAAGCAGAACCAGGACGUGUUUAUGACAUCAUGACUGUUCCCAAGUUGCCUACUUGGGGUGAAAGGGGGAUCGUCCUUGUUGGGGAUUCAGCACAUGCAAUGUCGCCUACCACUGGGCAAGGAGUUUCGCAGAAUUUAGAAGAUGCACAAACCCUCGCCUUACUACUCAGUGCGACGACUACAAACUGCCAUGCUGAAGAACAGCACGGUACUCCGAUACGGGAUGCCAUUGAACGCAGUCUGUUACUUUAUUAUCAUAUCCGCCACGAACGGGUUGAGAGAAUCGCAGCCACAGGUGAAGCCUUUGACAAGCGCAUGCUCAACGCAAAACCACUGGCAUUCAACAUCUUAAUCCAUCGCCUAUGUGAGAAAGCUCCAAAAGCCGCUCAAGCAAUUGCGGCUGGCAUACAAAACUUCAACCCUCAAGGGCAGACCACGGUGGAGAAGAGCACUUCUCAUCCAACGGAACACAAGCGGAAGCCAAAUGACGACCCCUCAUACCGGCCCCCUAGGUCUGCCAAGCGCACGGCUUUGAGCACUGAUGUAUUGAAUAAUGAAUCUAGUUCUGCCCAGGUUGAUGAACCCAGCCCACAAGCUGUUAGCGGCUCCGCAAGAGAGGGAAAUAUCUUGUCCGUUGAAAAUACCACGGAUGCAAGUGGGGAUAUGAAUGGUAGCAAUACGAUAACUGGUCCGAUAUCAGCAGCGAGCAAACCGGAUACAGCUGAGCCCCAGGUGUUGAGCGAGUCGAAGUCCGAUGUGAACAUGUCAAGAUCAGCUGAGCAGGAUUUAACAAUGGGGGCAGAUGACGGACAUCUCCCAUCACAGACAGGAGAGAUUUAUACAGGCGAAAUAACAGCAUCGCCCGAGAGUAUCUUGUCAGAGCCCGCGCCAAUACCAGAUCAAUCGUUAGCAAAGCCAGUCCCCAUUACUCCCGUCGAAGCGGUUGAGAUAAUCUAUAAGUUUAGCAGGUACCAGGAUGGACUUCCAAGGCAAGUUCAUGCAAGGGUACUUCAGUCUCUUCAAGGAGAUAAUCCCGAAGCAGUAGCAGCACGUUCAGACCGAUGGUCUGACGGCGCAAUGUGGAUUAAUAUGCUCGAGAAUGGGUCAUCGAAUAGCAAAAAGACUACUAUCUUCAACAUGUUGGAGUACAUGGGAGCUUGUGAAUGGUACGACAGUCAGAUUGAACUUGUUCUUAAAGAAGGAACACUCCUUACCGCCAAGAACAAGUCAGUAGACCGUCGGGGCGCGGCCAUUCAUACGCUGAACAGAAUGCAGCGUUCACAAAUGGAUUCCGCGCGACAAUGGAAGUGGAUUAGUGGUAUUGGAAGGGUGGCAUUAGAAGGACAAGAAGAUUCACCAAAUGAAAGUGGUGAUGUCAGCCUCGCACAGCAAGCAAGAGAAGCACAAAGGAGUCGCAUUCUAAUGCAACUCACACGCGGCCGGAAAUUGCGUACAAAGCUUGUUCGGGAACUUGGAUUUGGGAUCCUGUUCUGCCCUAAGAUUUGGACAUAUACAAAAAUGAGUGAAGGGCAACUUGAUAUCCUGAUUAGGGACUGCAAAAAAAAUACUAAUCUGAUGAAACUCCUUCGCACCUUGAGCCCACAAUUAGAACUGCUGGUCAAUCAUGGGUCUCCAGAUCUUCGCGGUUUCUAUGAGGACUUACAAAACGCGGGCCUUGGAUUAAAUGACGGCGACAAGCUUAGCGAGUUGAAGGUUUUAUUUGCCUUGGAAAGCGAGGCGUUAUCAGUUGACGAGCUGAAUGCUGCAGUUGAUCGUCUAAUUGAACGCGUUAGUACAAAGCUCUUUGCCAAAACUACACUAGGCAACAAAGAUACAGUUAGAGUCAAUGAGAGUUUGGAGUUACCUUGUGACUUCUUCCAGCGACUCCGCGGGAACGAAUGGCUCGACAAUUGGGCUAUUAUUGCAGGGAUGCAAAUAUCAGACAGACCGGCGUUUGUCAGACAUAUUGCAAGUGUUCCAUUGGACGAGGUGAUCGGACGAAGUGUAGCAAAGCAGAUUCAAGACCCUCUCUCAGGCUUGGCCAAGAAGAUUGAGAAGUACCGCAGUGAGACCGAAGAAACCUUCGGUGCUUUCACCCGUUUGGUAUACUUCUGUCCAAUAAACCACAGAAAUGAUCACUUUACGCUCCUUGAAAUCAAUGACCGCGAAAAAGUAAUACGCCACUACGAUUCCAACGCGGCCCCGGAAGUUAUAAAAGGUGACAAGAGGACGCGAAUAUCGGAUCUGGUUAAGAAAGAAUUUGGUGAAUUGGAGUUCUCAUACAGCGAAGCUGUAAGUAUCUGA